UUGGUGUUGGAGGAAGUAGAUGUUGAAGGUAGUCGAUGGGGUGCCAGUCAAGCUGGCUGUUUUGUCCUUGAUGCUUCUUGAGCGCUAUUGGCGCAGCAUUCAUCCAGGCAAGUGGAGAGAAUUCCAUCACACUCCUGAUUUGUGCCUUGUAGAUGGUGGCCAGGCUUUGGGAGUCAGGAGUCCACUCACGAAAGUGAAGCUCAUCAAUGAGCUAAAUGCAAGAGAAGCAGAGCUGGGUGUUCAAGAUAAAGUGUCCUGGCACUCAGAAUAUAAGGACAGUGCCUGGAUCUUUCUGGGUGGCUUGCCCUACGAGUUAACUGAAGGAGACAUUAUCUGUGUGUUUUCCCAGUACGGGGAGAUUGUUAACAUCAAUCUAGUUCGAGACAAGAAGACUGGGAAAUCAAAAGGCUUCUGCUUUAUCUGUUAUGAGGAUCAGAGAAGCACUAUUUUGGCUGUAGACAAUUUUAAUGGAAUCAAGAUUAAGGGAAGGACGAUCCGUGUUGACCAUGUGUCCAAUUACCGUCCUCCAAAGGAUGGAGAUGACAUUGAUGUUGUGACAAAAAGACUAAGAGAGGAAGGCUGUGCACCAAGAGCAUCCCCUUCAGCACCAGUUUCCUCGGAGUCCUCUGAAGAGGAUAUUAAUGAAGUGCCAGCUAAAAAACGGAAGAAAGAAAAGAAGAAGAAAAAAAAGAAAGAGAAAAAGGAGAAAAAAGUCAAGCUGGAGAAGAAGGAGACCGAGGAGCGAGCAACCAAGCAAUUGGCCAAGAACUCUGGCCGAAACCAAUCCCCUCCACCCCUUGUAAGAGUGAAGAGUGAAAGAGAGGAUGCAGAAUAUGAAAAAUAUGCCAGUACAAACCAGGACACUCAUCAGGAUUGCAGUGUGGAUCGCAGGAAUGAAGAAAGAGGAAGAGGAGAUGGAAGAAAACACAUGAAUGGAGCUGAUGAAAUGAGAACCAGAGAGAAACACAAUGAGAGGAGUCGGCCCAGGAACUCGGAGAGAGAAGAAAGGCGAAGAGAUGAUCAAAAUGGCAGAGGAUCUUGCAAUGAAAGGUCAGAAAGAGACACAAGGCCCACUCACAGUGAUGGGAGAGAGGUGAGAUGUGAUGAGGAAAGGCAGCAUGAACAAGAGAAAAUGCGAAAAGACGACAGGUUUGACAACAAGUAUGAUGACAGAGAAAAAUACAGGAAGUAUGAUCGCAAUAAGAGAGAGGAGCGGGAUUCACAUUGUGACAGCAUCAAGCAUAAAGAGAGGAAAAAUGACCAUGACAAAGUCAGCCAUAACAAGGGAAGAGACAAUCAUAGAGACAGUGGUCAUAGAAGGAACUGAGCAAUUAGAAGCUCUCUGCAGCUAAACCGAAUGCAUCUCACCAUCUGAAGUCAAUAGCUGAAAUAAAGCCCCAGCAGUUAAUAACCAGAAAUAAACACGUCCUUCUGAAAUUUGCUGCUUUCCUGCAACCUGUUAUUUUUUAACGAUUUCUCUAUGUUUGGACUAUUUUUGCAAUGGAGAAAAUUAAGUAACAUGCAAGGCCCUUUUAAAAGAUCUUUUUUUAAAUAAACUUUCAAAAUGUCUAUCUAAUGUAUAAUUUUUUUUUCUAAUUUGGGUUUGAAUCUUCUCACAUUGGUUAUCCUCCAGUGCUUCAAUAGCUUCAUGUGUGAAACUAGUCAUUGAGUGCCAAUAGCCUUUAAAAUCAUGGUAGGACAUCCCAGCCAAGCCCAAGCCUUUUCUUACUCAUAUCCCCAGACAAACACAUUCCAGCAGAAGGCACUGGAUAGUCAAUGGCAGUGAGAACGCCGGCAGAUUUUCUUUUUAUUACUUAACCCCUCCCCUAACCCAGGGAACAUUGAAGCAAUUGUAGUGUCCCAACUGCAUCCUGCUGAGAUCGGUUAAAUCACAAAGACCUGGAAUUGAAGCUGCUGCUUGGCCAACAUGGCCCUACUCCACACCAGCCGUACAUUUAUUUGCUGAGUUCUGUACUUUUCUAAUGUUUUUCUGAAGUUGCAUUUCUGACAUUCAUUAUACCAAUUUGAAUGGAAGCUUGCUCCAUACUUGAUUUUAAUGUAGGGCUAUCACUGCUUUCCUCAAAGGGUUUUAGGUGUGCAGCAUAUUUAUGAAAAGAUAAUGGCAGGAAUGGAUGAAGAAUGUUGGAACCAACUGUGAAAAACCAGUCAGGUAAUUGUUUUUGACUCCCUGGAAUUGUUCUUCAUCUGUCAUUAUUGAUAUGUUUUCUGAGGGGGAGCCCCCAGGGUUAGAGGGUUUGAACCAGCAGAAACAAUGGAUUCUCUACUUCUUGUGAGCUUACUGUAAGGAUAGUAUUAUCAAAUAAAUGAGGCUUACAAACUAUUCUGUGCAGUGGACUGUACGUCAAAAGAUUAUUAUAGAGGAAUCCAAGUGAAAUGACAUUUCAAGAAUUGUUUAGUGUUUUCCUUCUCCACAAGGUACCCUGCCUCAACCCUGUCACAGUGAUGUAUGAGUCAAGCAUAUUUGCCUUCCCAUUAUUAAAAGGAAGUGUUGGCUUAAUAAACAUUGGCGCAGUGAA